CGGAGAUUUGGACUUUCUGUUCUCUUUGUGACUGCGGGACCCAGAGCCGGGAACGCGACGUGAAUGAGAGCGGCUCCAGGAGCUGGGAAAUGCAAACAGGCGGCAUGGGAUGCUUCUGGUUGUUUGUGCUGUGCCUCUUCUCCACAGCUGGAGCAAACUUCACUGAACUGACCGGGAUGUUUGGGCAGAUUCAGUCUCCCAAUUACCCAGAAGGUUACCCGAGUGAUUUAGACUCAACCUGGAAUAUCACAGUUCCUACGGGAUUCCGAAUCAAACUCUAUUUCAUGCAUUUUGAUCUGGAGCCUUCCUAUCUUUGUGAAUACGAUUAUGUGAAGGUCAUGUCUGAUGAUUUGCAGGAAACAUUUUGUGGCAGAGAGAGUACUGACACUGAACGAAUCCCUGGCCAAGAGUUUGUCUUAACAAACAGCAACACCAUGACUGUUACGUUCAAGACAGAUUUUUCCAACGAGGAGCGAUUUACUGGCUUUGAAGCUCAUUAUUCCGCCGUCGAUAUUGAUGAGUGUGUGGAGAAGUUGGAUGAAGCAUUGGUCUGCGACCAUUUCUGUCACAAUUACAUCGGUGGAUUUUACUGCUCUUGCAGAUUCAGCUACAUCCUUCAUUCAGAUAACCGGACCUGUAAAGUUGAGUGUCGUGACAAUGUGUUCACUGAGAAAUCAGGCGUGAUCAGCAGUCCAGACUAUCCCAAUUCGUAUCCCAAAAGCUCAGACUGUCUAUACCGCAUUGAACUGGAGGAAGGAUACACCAUCUCUUUGGAAUUUGCAGACAUCUUUGAUUUAGAAGAUCAUCCAGAUGUGCCGUGCCCUUAUGACUACCUGAAGAUUAAAGCUGGAAUAAAGGAGUUUGGCCCAUAUUGUGGAGAUAAAAGUCCAGGAAAGAUCGAUACAAACAGCAGCAGUAUUCACAUUCACUUCCACAGUGAUGAUUCGGGGGAUAACCAAGGCUGGAAGCUCACUUUCACGUCAGUCGGCACUCCAUGUCCUAUUGUACAUCCUCCUGCCAAUGGUACAAUUGAACCUGUCCAGGAGCAAUAUUCAUUCAAAGAUCAGGUCCAGAUCAGAUGUAACACUGGAUUUAAAUUUGUCAAGGGUGGUGACGAGGUGGAAGCUUAUCAGAUUGAAUGCCAGAAAUCUGGAACAUGGAGUAGCAGUAUACCUACAUGCAAGGUUAUCGAUUGUGGGGCACCCCGAGCACUAGAGGACGGAUUCAUUACUUUCCACACCACAGACAAUCUAACACUGUUCGGGAGUCACAUUGAAUAUUCAUGUCAUGCCUUAUAUUACCGGAUGGAGACAGAAUUGAACACUACGUACACCUGUAUGGAGAAUGGGUUUUGGGUCAAUGAUGAGCUGGGCACAGAUCUCCCUACCUGUCAGCCAGUCUGUGGAAGGCCAGCUCGAUCCCUGCCACCACUCAACAAGCGGAUUAUUGGAGGGCGGACUGCACUCCCGGGACUCUUCCCCUGGCAGUUAUUGAUGGUGGUGGAGGACAUGAGCCGAGUCCCAAAGGACAAGUGGUUUGGCAGUGGAGCUUUGCUCUCCAGCACCUGGGUAUUGACUGCAGCUCAUGUAUUACGCUCGCAGAGAUGGGAUACCAUCACCUUUGUUCCAAGUGAAUAUGUCACUAUCUACCUGGGGCUGCAUGAUGUUCGGCAGAUGGAAGCUGCUGUGAAGAGAACUGUUGAAAAAAUCAUUCUUCACAAAGCAUUUGAUCCCAGAACUUACAAUAAUGACAUUGCUUUAGUGAAGAUGAAGGACAAAGUCACUAUGAAUGUCUUUGUGAUGCCAUUAUGUCUCCCCAGUCUUCAGGAGGUGGAAGAACCACAGCCAAAUACUCUGGGAUUAGUGGCUGGCUGGGGCAUUACCAACCCGAACCUGACCAUGGAUGACGCCACUGAUGGUGACCAUGCAACACUGUCAAAUAUCUUACAGUAUGUGAAGCUUCCAGUUACGCUCCAGACUGAGUGUAAAAGCAGCUAUGAGUCACGUUCUGACAGCUACAAUGUGACAGAUAAUAUGUUCUGCGCUGGUUUUUAUGAAGGUGGCAAGGACACAUGUUUAGGUGACAGUGGAGGGGCGUUCAUUACAUAUGACUCAGUCACACAGAGCUGGGUUGCUCAAGGACUGGUAUCUUGGGGUGGGCCUGAGAAAUGUGGCAGUAAACGAGUAUAUGGAGUUUACACCAAGAUUUCCAAGUAUGGAAGGUGGCUGGCAGACAAAAUGAACAAUUCCUCAGACUAAUGCAGAAUGUACAUGAACUGCACCCUCAGAAAUAUCAAAUAUUUCUUUUCCAAAGAAGGAGUCUGCUACAUUAAUGUGGACUGGGUUUGUGUUUUGUGUGAUAUAUAUGGACUGCAUUUGGGCUCUGUGUAAUUUAUAUCUGCUUUGAUAUGGCUCUGUGUGAACUAUAUACACUGGGUCUGGGUUCUGUCUGAUUUAAAGGGGCUGGAUCUGGGUUCGAUAUGAUAAAAACGGACUGGUUCUGAGUUCUCUGGGAUUGAUAGGGGCUGGAUCUGAGCUAAGAGUGAUUCAUAUGAACUUUGGCUGGGCUCUGAAUGAACUUUAUGGAUUAGAUUUGGACUGUGUGAUUUACAGGGACUGGAUCUAGGCUGUAUGUGACAUAUAUAGACUGGGCCUGAGCUUUGUGAUUUACAAGGAUUUUUGACUGGGCUCUGUGUGAUUUUCCUAUGGAGUGUGUCUUGGCAAUGUGUGAGUUUUAUGGACUGGAUCCAGUUGCCUUAUGAUUGAAGUUCACAAUAUAUUGAAUGUGACAGGGCAAGGUGGUUAAGUGAAGUUAUGGUUACUUGUCUUUGUAAGUAGAGGUACUGAACUUACUGAAACUCUGAAAAUGCCUAGUUAGACCCACCAAUAAUAUUAUGUCCAAUUCUGGCAUUGGACUUGCAGAAGACAAGAUAUUUCAGGAAACAUGGACCAAAUGGCUUUCUCCCGCUGUCCACACCUGUCAGAAUUUUAUAUGUUUCACUGAGAUCUUCUCUCAUUCUUAAUAAAUUCCACUGAAUAUAGGCCCACUGAACCUAAUCAAAAUUGCCAUUCCAGGAAUCAGUCUGAUGAAACUUUGCAGCACUCCCUCUCUGACAAGACAUAUUUUCUGAGCUAAGGAGAUCGCUGCACAAUAUACAUCAGGUGUGGUUUCAUCAAGGCCCUGUUUUGCUGCAGUAACACAUCCUUACUCGUGUAUUCAAACCAUCUUGCAACAAAGGCCAAUAUAGCACCUGCCUUCCCUGUUUGUUGCAGCUGCAUGCUUGCUUUCAGUGACUGAUGUAGUAUCAACUUUUAAUGACGCCAGUUUGAAACUAUUACGAUUAUUAACUUCUUUCGGUAACUAUGGUUAGGCCAUUUUGCCUAUAGUGUUAUUUUACCAAAGGAGUAUAUAACUACUGCAAUGCAUGCAUUGUUCCUUAAAUAUUAACCAUGGUUAAGCCCUUUAAUGACAUUACUCAACCUAUCACAGCCAACUCACUCCUCAUGUCUUCAUAGUUUCCUUUGUUUAGAUUUAGGGCCCUGCUUUUGAUCAGAGCACUUCACAUUCUACCUUAAGAAGAAUUCUCUCAUGUUAUGGUUAUCUUUCCUUCUCACAGCAAGAUUUAUUUAUUAACCCAUUCAUAUUGCACAAAAUCAAAUCUAGAAUAGCCUGAACCUAAAUUUGUUUGUCAAGAUCUGGUCUAAAAGAAAUUUUGUACACAACUCGAGGAAUUAAUUUGUCACAGUAUCAUUGACAAUGUGGUGUACCCAGUCUAUUUUUACAUUAAAAUCACCCAUGAUUACUGUUGCAUCCAUCUCUAACUUCCUGUUUAAUGCCAUACCACAACUCACCACUACUGUUUGGAGAGCUACAGGCAACUCUACAUUUCACCCCUUGUUGCAUUUUAGGUCCAUUCAGACUGAUUUCACAUCUGGAUUUCUUGUACCAAUAUCCUUCUGUAUUUUUGCACUAACAAUACCAUCCAUCUCCUUUUCCUUUUUGCCUGUCCUUCCUAAAGAUUAAAUACUCUUGGAAGUUAAUUUCUCAGCCUUGGAUACCAGGCAGUCGUGUCUUUGUAAAAGUAAUUAUGCUGUUAAUUCAUCUGCUUUAUUGUGAAUGUUUCAUUAUUCAGACAGUAUCUUUAGACUUGUUUUGGUUUCUUUUAACAUCUAUUGUGUACGAUGGUCCUAUUUGUUGCUAUGGCCCUUAUUUCCUUUGCUAUCUAGUUUUGCUUUCCAAUUACUCUUGUCUCGCUGCUUAGUUUUUUUUUUGCCCACUAUGGUUUAAAUCCUUCUCCACUGAACUAAGAAAUGCCUCUACGUUCAGUUGCAGACAUUAUAAGAAACUAGGAUGGUUCCCCUUUGGAACAGGCGAAAUGAAGCUCUUCAAAAUGAUGAUGGAUCUUGAUGCAGCAAAUGGUAACUAAAGGUUAUAAACUGAAAAUAAUUGGAAAAGGAGAGUAAAUGUGGAGAAGUUUUUUAACAUAGAGGGUUGUUAAAAUCUAGAAUGAGAAGGAUGGUUACAUAAGAUGACAUAGCAACACUCAAAAGAUAUUUGAGUAUGUAUUUGAGGAAGACAACAGAGUUUUGCAAAGACACCAGUGGUAUCUGGUGAUGGUUUAACCUAAAGACCACCACAUCCCAGGCAAAGGGAGAGAUUGAAAAGGAGGGAACUUUUUGGUAACCUCAGUCAACAUGAAAAUUGAACAUGUACUGUUGGCAUCACUCCACAUCGCAAACCAGCUGUCCAUCCAACUGAGCUAACUGAUGCCCUCCCACACCACACCACUGUUGAAGAGCCAUGACAGGAUUGGCAACCUAAAUGAUCUGCUUAUGUUCUGUGAGAUUUGACAAUUCUGGUUUGAGUUAAGAGUAGGAUGUAUUUGAAAAUAUUUGGACAUUGGCUGAUAAACAUAGAAUGUGCAGCAGCAAAGCAACAUGAACCUCUAGAUACCAAAUACCCAAAACAUGAACCCAAGUCCUGAAGUCACAAAAUAGCGGAUGUUGUAGAGGAAUGUGGAAAGUGAAGAGGACUGCUUCAAAAAAAGUUAGGAGAGUGAAGAAAGGACAUAAUACCUCAUUAACAUUAAGAAAAAUCCAAAGUGUUUAUAAGAAUAUUAGGAGCAAGAGAAUAAACAGGGGAGAAAAGGGCCCAUUAGGGAUCAUGGUGGCCAUCUGCAUGUAAACCAAAGACAUUACUGAGGCUUUUGAUAAAUACUUUGAAUCUGUAUUUACUAUAGAGAAGGAUAGCAUAGAUGUAGAAAUCAGAGAGUGCCUGUGAUAUACUUGGAUGAAUUAGUAUUUUGAGAGCAGAGAUAUUAAUUUAUUUACCAAGUUUGAAAGUAGAUAAAUCGCCAGGCCCAGAUGAGGUGUAUCUCAGGCUGGUUUGGGAGGCAAAGGACAUUGCAGGGAUUCUGACAUUAAUCUUUUUAAGUCCUAUCUGAUCACAGGAUGCGUGCUAGCGGAUUGCAGAGUAGUUAAUGUGGUAGUAUUAUUCAAGAAGUGUGAUAGGAAUAAGCUAGAAAACUACAAGUCUGUCAGUUUGAUAUCUGUGGUAGUGAAACUAUUGGAAAAAUGUUAAGUAUAAAAUUAGGGAAAUCUUACUCCAAAUGCACAGGGAAUUUAUGAGAUCUUACAUGGACUUUUGGCCUCUUUACUUAAGCAGGGUUAUAUUUAUACUUAAAGCAGUUCAGAAAAGGUGCCCAAGGCUGAUUAAGGCAUUACUUGUGAGGAAAACAUGGGUUACACCCUGAUCCUAUUCUAGUAAAUCUCCUCUGCAACAUCUCUAAUUUCCUGAAGUGCCUGAAUUUAGUGAAAUGCCUAAUCAGUGAUUUUUAAAAGCUAAGCAUAACUUCCUUCUUUUGGACUCUGUGUUAGCUCAGUUGGCUAGAUGGAUAAAGUGUGGUGCAAAAUAAAGGUAAAAAACACAAAAUACCAGGUUAUAGUACAACAGGUUUAUUUGGAAGAACUAGCUUUCAGAGCACUGCUCCUUCACCACGU